AAGUAGAGAGACCCACCGGCGACGCGGCCGUUGACGAAAAUGGACGACGACGACUUACGGACUUAGUGAUGAUGAUAUCAUCACCACCAUCUCCUCUCAAAGUUUGGCUCGCACUCUCUCGAACUCCAUUCGACUCACAGCGUUGACGACUACAUCGGAUUCCGAUGGCCUCCAUAAGCGCAAGCGGCACUUCGUCGUCGUCUCUUCCGUCGCCGUACUCCCCUCCCCCGCCGCGGUGGACGCACGACGUCUUCCUCAGCUUCCGAGGCCGGGACACUCGAUACAGCUUCACCGGGCAUCUCCACGCAGCUCUGGUCCAGAAAGGGAUCAGAGCUUACAAGGACGACAGAGAUCUCGAUCGAGGAGAAGCCAUCGAGCCCGAACUGUUUAAGGCGAUUACGGAGUCAAGGUUUUCGGUCGUCGUGUUCUCGAAGAAUUACGCCUCUUCGCCUUGGUGUUUGGAUGAGCUGGUCAAGAUCGUUCAGUACAAGGCAGCGACGGAGCACACUGUUCUGCCCGUCUUCUACGAUGUCGAUCCAUCGGAAGUUGCGGAGAUGGAGGGAGUUUACGCGGCAGCGUUUGCCCAGCACGAAGUCCUGAAUCCGGAGAAGGUGGAGAGCUGGAGGAAGUCGGUAGCUGAAGUUGCGCAAUUAGCCGGAUGGGAUGCUCGAAAUAGGGAUGAGUCAGAAGUAAUCAAGGAAAUUGUUGAAAGACUUUGGUUCAAGUUGAAUCAUGCGAUCCCAAUCAUGAGCAAUGCCUUGGUCGGUAUGGAUGCCCGGGUAGACAAAAUUGUUAAUGAUUUGUUGGACGAAGAGUCGGUUGAAGUUCGCUUUCUUGGGAUAUGUGGAAUGGGUGGACUGGGGAAGACAACUAUUGCCAGAGUUGUUUAUGAUAAGAUCCGUUGGCAGUUCGAAGGCUGUUGUUUCCUUGCGAAUGUCAGAGAAUCUUUAGAGAAACAAGGACCACUUCCUCUGCAGCAGCGGCUUCUUUCUGAAAUCCUAAUGCGACGGGGAGGAGAACUGUGGGAUGCUGAUAAAGCAAUAAGCGAGAUAAAGUAUAAUAUGCAGCGGAAGAAGGUGCUUCUUGUUCUUGAUGAUGUUGAUCAUCUUGAACAGCUUGAAAUGUUGGCUGGAGAUCAUGAAUGGUUUGGUCCAGGGAGUCGUGUGAUCAUAACAAGUCGAGAUGGACACUUGUUGACAGCACAUGGAGUUGAUGAAACAUAUGAAGCAAAGACAUUGAAUGGCGAUGAAGCUCUUAUGCUAUUUAGUUGGCAUGCCUUCAAACAAGACUGCCCAUUUACAGGUUAUUCUGAGUUGUCAAAUCGAGCUGUGGGUUACGCCAAGGGACUUCCCCUGGCUCUUAAAGUUUUGGGUUCUUUUCUGUAUGGGAGGAAUGUAAGUGCAUGGAACAGUGCAAUUGAGAGGCUGAACAAGAUUCCAAACAGAAAAAUUGUGGAUGUACUUGAAAUAAGUUUUGACGCUCUAGAGGAAACAGAGAAGAAAAUAUUCUUGGAUAUUGCUUGUUUCUUCAAGGGUAUAGAUAAACAUGAAGCAAUAAACAUACUUGAUAGCUGUAGCUUUCAUGCAGAGAUUGGAAUACAAGUUCUGAUUGACAAAUCCUUGAUUAGUGUUUCACAAAAUCGUUUGGCAAUGCACGAUUUGCUGCAACUUAUGGGAAGGGAAAUUGUUAGACGUGAGUCGCCUGAAGAGCCUGGAAAGCGCAGUAGAAUAUGGACGUAUGAGGAUGCAUCUCAUGUUCUGACAAAAAACUCGGGAGGUGAAGAAGUAGAAGCAAUCUUCCUAGACCUUCCUCAACCAAAGGAUGCAAACUGGAAUGUGGAAGCCUUCGCUAGAAUGACGAAACUUAGACUACUCAAAAUCCGUAAUGUGAAGCUUAGAAAAGGACCUGCAUUUCUUUCUAAUGAGUUGCGUUACCUUGAUUGGCAUGGUUACCCCGCAAAAUAUUUGCCUUCAAGUUUCCAUCCAGAAAAACUUGUUCGACUUAUUUUGCAUCACAGCAAGAUAGAACAACUCUGGUUCGGCAUCUGGGCGUUUAAAGAUUUGAAAGUUCUAGAGCUUAGGGGCUCCAGGAACUUCACUAGGAUGCCGGACUUCACUGAGAUUCCAAAUCUGGAGAGGUUAGUGCUGACAGACUGUACAAGGUUGUCUGAGAUUCACUCCUCCAUUGGGCAUCUCAGGAAGCUUACUUCUCUCAGUUUGUUAGGUUGCUCAAAGGUUAGGAAAUUGCCAGAAAUUGUGGUACCUAUGGAAUGUUUGGUGAAACUUAUAUUGGACGAGACUAGCAUUGAGAAACUGCCGAUCUCAAUUCACAAUUUAGGCAGCCUAGCUGUAUUGAGCCUCAGAUUUUGUAAGAACCUCAGAAGUCUUCCAAGCAGCAUAACCACUUUAAAAUCCCUUAAAAAACUAGAUCUCUCAGGCUGCUUAAAACUGAAAAGGUUUCCAGAUAUAGAGUCUAGUUUUAUAUCUUUAGAAGAACUCUUCUUAGAUCAGACUGGAAUUGAAGAACUCCCUUCCACAAUUCAACAUUUGUCAGGCUUAGUUCUCUUGAGCCUCAGAUUUUGUAAGAGCUUCAGUGGCCUCCCUAGCAGUAUAAGUCGUUUGAACUCCCUUAGAAGGCUUGAUCUAUACAACUGCUCAAAGUUAGACACGUUUCCUGAUAUUUUGGAGAUAAUGGAAGGCUUACGGGAGCUUUGUUUGGAUUGGACUAACAUCGAGAUUCUGCCACCAUCCUUUAACAAGUUGAUUGGCUUGGAGUUGUUGAGCAUUAAAGGUUGUGGAAACCUUAAAGAUAUUAGUAGCAGCAUCAGCGGUUUGAAGUCCCUGAAGACUCUUGAUAUCAGAUGGUGCUUUGGACCGAAUUUCAGAGUGAAACAGCCAAAAUCUAAGAUAUCAAAGAUGUUGAUCCAGAGCACGCCAAAUGCUAUGCGGCAAUGGAUGCAGAAAUUCAGAUCAGCUCCAAGAGCCAUGGCUACCCCCUUGCAAAUAGUGUCGCUGCCUUCAUUCUCAUCUCUCUGUUCAUUGAGAAAUCUGAUUUUAAGCUACUGCAAUAUUUUGGAGGGAGUAGUUCCAGAUGAUCUCGGCUGCUUGUCCUCUUUAAGGUACCUGGACCUCAGCGGCAAUCUAUUCUCAAGCCUGCCAAUAAGCAUAAACCAACUUCUGAUGCUUGAAGAGCUCAACUUGGAUGAUUGCUGGAAGCUUCAGUCACUGCCUGAAGUUCCUCCAAAUGUUUCUCUGGUGAGAGCGAGCCUUUGUGAUUCCCUGACAGUAAUUGCAGAUCCAAUAAAUUUAUGCAGCUGGAAAGCUGCAAAGAUCAUAUGCUUCAAUUGCUUCCAAUUAGUUAUUGGCAAUGGUUCUAGCAACAUGGCUUUUACAAUGAUCAUAAGAUAUAUUCAGGGGUUGACAAUACCAAGGCCCAGAUUCGACAUUGUAUUUCCUGGAGUCGGAAUUCCCAAGUGGUUCAACCAUUACAGUGAGGGACACUCCGUAAUCCUGGAAGUGCCUCCCAACUUGCACUUGAAUACCAAAUGGAUGGGCUUUGCUGCUUGUGUUGUUUUCAGCGCACUUCCUCAACCUUUGGACGAUCAGCAUUUUCUCCUGACCUGUCACUUCAUCGUCAAUGGAAAGCUAGGUUCCUCUUGGCCUUCCAUUUCUUUCCAAAGGAAAUCUGGUUACGGGGAUCACGUCUGGUCGUUCUUUUUCUCCGUUGGCUGCUUGUCGGAGUGGCCUCCUGAUGGAUUUGAUAGCAUUGAGUUGUCCUUUGAGAUGCACUCUCCUGAGAUCAAUGUGAAGGAGUGUGGUGCCCGUCUGAUAUAUCGGCGAGACGCUGAACUCCUGUACACUAUAAAGGCUAGUGAUUUGAGCAUCUGGGAUCAUUCUCCAGUGGAGCCAGCUGCUACAGUUGAUUCGUCGGAUUUGCUUGCCAUUUGAAAGUUUUCAUUUCAAGGAAACCCCAGUUCGAUGCACUACAAAGACAAAAAGAUCAUUGCUGGCGUGGAUCAAGCACAGCGCCAAGGAAAAGCACAGCCCUCGACACUUCUUCCUGUAUCAUGAACAUGAACGGACGAUCGGCCACAAACUUCUCCUCGGGAGGCGGUGGUGGACUGGGUGGCCGGCAUCCGAAGCUCAUCACAGUAACUGCGGCAGCUUCAGUUCCUUCCUCGUCUACUUCAAUCUGCAGCCCCAGAUCCUUCAUUAUAUCACAAGGAUUGAACAGGCUCGUGAACUUCAGCUUCGGGAUCCACACCUUCUCGAGCAUCGUCUGUUGAAGCUCCAAGUUCUGCAUCGGUCCCAAAUAUGGACAGAACCUGAGCAGCAUCUCCUGCAGGCUGAUGGUCGUGGGAAGGAAGAUGUACAUCGCGAACUGCUGCUGCUGCUUCUUGGUCCCGUUCUCGUAGGGGAGCUUCAGGACCUUGAAGCCGUCGAAGGAUCCAUAGUAGUGGUUUGACAUCGGGUUCCUCAUGAAGGAAGUCCUGAUCUUGGUUCCAUCGAAGAGGUAAAAAUCUUCCUCCUGCGUCAUGACUUUUGCGAAUGGCUGAGUCCAGAAUCCCUUGAAGUAGAUUGCAUUCACGAGGAUCAUAACUAGUUCUUUCCUGAUAUUGUCAGGCCCAAUGAUAUCUUUUAUGUGCCCUUUGGUAGCUCUGUCUGCCCACUGGUUUAUCUCCUCUGCAAUUCUCAGAGCCUGAAGCCGGAAAUCGCCGUAAGAGUAUUGAGCGCGGUAGACAUCCUUGAUGACCCUCUCGAAGGAAGGUUUGAGGGGCGAUUCAUGAUCGAACCAAAUUGCACUCCCUGCCAUCACCGUCGCUUCUCUGCCCCCGGCUGGUUGCUGAGCUGGCUGGCCGGAGAACAUACUCGGAUAGAAGUACGGCAUGCCCGACGGGUUCACAAACUCAGUUGGCGGCGGCGUGGGGAGGUUGGCGCUCUUGUUCUUGUUGUUGUCGUCGUCGGCAGUGGUGAGCGCGGCCAUGAAAGACAGAGCUUUGGAAUUGAGGUCUUGGACAGAUUCGUAGCCGAGGGCGGCGAGCAGUUGGUCGGAGGUUCUGCCGGUGGCCCCGCAGGCCACGAUGCAGAGGGAGAAGUGGAGCGACGAAGGGGAAGUCAGGAGGUUACCGGCUGACGGAUUCGUCGCCGCCGCCUUGAUUUCCCGGAGAAUUGCUUCGAUUCCGACUCCCACGCAGAAAUCCAUCUUUCUGUCGAACCACUGAUCAGAUUCUACUCGAGUGAGAACGGAGUUUCAAAGACGAUGGAUGGAGAUAUGAUACGUGUU